AUGGCCUCGGGGGUGUCGACCAGCAUGGUGCUCACGCUGCUCGGCUUCUGCGUCAGCGUCCUCUUCAUCGUCUUCGUCUGCACCAGGCUCGUCUGCGCGCUCGUGCGGCGGCGGCGCCGCCGCCGCCGCGCCUCGCCCAUGCCGCCCGGCUUCCCGCCCCUCGCCGCCAACUACUUCUUCGCGGUCCAGGUGGACCGCCUCGGGGGCGCCCAGCCCGCCGCGGGGCCCGCCGCGGGGGGGCUCGACCCCGCCGCCGUCGCCGCCUUCCCCACCCGCGCCUUCUCCGCCGCAUGCGGCUCCCCCACCUCCUCCAACGCCUCCGACGCCGCCCCACAGUGUGUCGUCUGCCUUGCAGAAUACGAAGAUAAAGAUGUGCUCCUCACACUCCCUUACUGUGGCCACAAUUUUCAUAUGGCCUGCAUAGAUGCUUGGCUAAAGCAGCACUCAACAUGCCCAGUCUGCAGAAUUUCACUGUCUGACUAUCCUGAUAGCAAGCACACGGUGCCCCCUUUACCAAGUGCAGUGAUGAUACCUCCUUAUUCUCCCGAAGCAUCAAUAAGUGAUCCAUGCCACUGCCUGUUUGUCGGCACGGGCCAUUCGCCAAGGCCAUCAGAGGUUCUUCGAAACGAACCCGACCAGGCGAAUCAGACAGUGCCUGGUCCAUCCCUGGAUGGGCCAAACAACUUGACAUUGUCUGAGGUUACCACUCCUGGGGAAAUAACAACCAAACAGUAAAAUAGCACAUGGAGAGUCCCUAUAUUCUCAAGAGGUCCUGAUCAGCCCAGCUAAGACCCUCCAAGUAGCUGCUUGGAGCUUAUGUGCAGCCUGAUGCACCGUACGGGUCACAGCCUGUAAACUUAGAAACAUCCGCGCAUGUGGAUGGAUGGAUGUCUGUCUCUCUGUUAUAGGUUAGUUUUCGCGGGGUUCGAUGUAAAUAUGAGAAAUCGUAUGGGUUUCUUGUUGAAAGCCACAUUUAUUUGAUAAUCAUACUCAAACCAGGCCAUUGUAUCCAAUAGCUUAUCCCAUCUAUGGUAGCCCACUGAGAAUUUUUGUACUAGCA